AUGACCAACGCCACCCGGCGCCUGGCCUACCUGCUCGACGACCGCGGCCAGAUGACCUCUACACCGAGCAGGACUACGUGCCCACAUCGCGCCCGUGGCUCCUUCGUGACGGCCACGCCCUACCGCUUCGCGCUCAACAGCCUGCGCGUGACGGCCUCGCAUCAGUGCUUCACUUCAACCUCAUCCGCUGCCGCUGGCAAGAAGCGCUAG